CGUCGACGAUCUUCGAGGGUGAAGUUGUUGGACCAAUGAGAUAAGCCGUUGCUACUGGUUACAGCGCAGCUUCGAAGUCCACUUUUAGUUCUGGGGAGCUUGAUGCUUCGCAAACUGAACUGUGGCGCAAUUAAGAGCAAUUUGAAUGUUUGAGGACCUCCUCGGGACUUUCUUUCUGGCUGGUCGUACAGGUUGACCGAGUCCCGCUGCCGCACGGCCGUUGACCGCGGUUGGAGUUCAGCCUGCGAAGCUGGAGCUAUGCCUGUCCCCGCUGGAUAUCUCAGCGAGUUCCCGGCCGCGGCCUUUGCAUCCUCGGCCUCGCUUAUCCCGCUGCCGCCGAUAAACACUCACCAGCCCGGUGUUGUCACGUCGCUGCUGUACAGCGGCUCCAAGUUCAGAGGCCACCAGAAAAGCAAAGGGAACUCCUACGACGUUGAGGUGGUCUUACAGCAUGUCACAAUGGAGGAUUCCUACUUGUGUGGCUAUUUGAAAAUAAAAGGACUCACAGAGGAAUAUCCGACCCUGACCACUUUUUUCGCCGGGGAGAUCAUCAGCAGGAAGAGGCCGUUCCUCACCCGAAAGUGGGAUGCAGACGAGGACGUGGAUCGUAAGCACUGGGGCAAGUUCCAGGCUUUCUACCGGUAUGCGAAGACUUUUAACUCUGACGAGUUCGACUACGAGGAUCUAAAGAACUCGGACUAUAUUUUUAUGAGGUGGAAGGAGCAGUUCCUAGUUCCUGACCACACCAUCAAAGACAUCAGCGGCGCCUCCUUUGCAGGAUUCUACUACAUCUGCUUUCAGAAAUCUACGGCAACAAUCGAGGGCUACUACUACCACAGGAGCUCCGAAUGGUAUCAGUCUCUAAACCUCACCCACGUUCCCGAGCACAGUGCAGCCAUCUACGAGUUCCGGUGACCCCCGCCAGGCGCCGGGGGGAGAUUUUGUUUGUGUCUUGUGGUGGACUUGAAGAAAGCAGAGGUUCUGCGGAAAGGGAACCCAGUUCGGACGAGACGAAAAGGCUUUGGAGGAGCAAAGAACUCGGAGGUUUUUCUCAGCGCGCGGGACGAGCGAAUGUACGCGUGGAGGAAGUGCAGAACGAGGCGGGACGGUCGGCGCCGGCAUCAAAAGACUGCGGUUGAUCGCCCAUUUCUUCAUUUGUCUUAAGGUUUGAUUUUAAUCCAUGCUCGGCUCGGCGCUUUAAAGACUCGACGAGCUUUUAGGCGAAGCGAGCCGCAUUAACACUGAACUAACGCUCAGCACGGACGGAAACGCAUCAUGGCGUGACGCAGAGAACAGAACAGGAAUUCUUCAAGCUCCUCGCAGCUUCCAAGUAGAAGCCAGAAAGAUGCGUCUGUCACCUAACCGGAAAUAUCGUUUCCUCCCAACGACAGACGCCGGCGGCUUACAAUCACAUCCAACACGUUUUCUCCCGCUUUGGAAUUGACCAUCAUUUGGUUUGCUGUGGAUUUCCCUGCUGUUAUGCUGCACAUAUCCUCCCUGCAAGCUACCAUGUUACACACAUCCACUACACGCGUGGUGAGGCAAACGUGUGAAGGGUUUACAGCCAAAAUUCAAAAAAAGUAUUCCAAAAAACAAAAAAAGUAUUUUUUACUCCUUACCCAAGGAGAUUUUUACUCUUUAUGUGAUUUUCAUUUCUUUUCCUCAAUAUUUGUCCUUUCAACUAUGCAACCGUUUAGAGAUUGUUCAUUUGGAUUGUGCCAUCUCUGAGUUUUAAAAAGAAAAAAUAUAAUAUAAUAAAUAUAUAUAUAAGGAAAUAUGUUGUUUAAACAAAGUAUUUUUGUUGAAUUAUCUAUAACACUCUUCUCGCUGAUCAUCUUUAUUCUUCCGUGUGGUUUAGUACCAUCUGUCUUUGACAAAAAAUUGCCAGAAUUGUGAUUUAUCAGAUACAGUGUUUGUGAAAAAGCCUGGUUGAUGGUGUGACUGUAAAGAGUGGAUUGUGAGAAAAAAAAUCUCACCAAAAUGUGGAUUAAAAAAGAUUAUCCCUGC